UUUUAUAAAAUCAAGUUUUAACAUAAUUAUUAUGCCGCCAAGUAUUUCACAUUUAAAUAUUUAUUUUUUUUAAUUAUGUUAGACAGUUUCUGGAAGGCGAACCGGUCGGCGCUUAGGUGGUGCGACAGAAGAAGAUCCAAGCAAUAUUAAAUACCGUCACAUGGCAGAAGAAUCAAUCAGUCAAUAUUUAAGAGACAACAAUUUUGAUGAAUACCAUAAAAUAUUAAAAAUCAACAAAGUAACAAAACAAGUUGUUUCUGGUUAUAUAUAUACUCUAGAUUUCGAUGCGUAUCCUACAAAACGUAUUUUAAAAAACAAAAAGAAAACUGCCAAAUGUAAAGUAUUAGGUAAAACUAAAUAUUUGAAAUGUAAAUCCAAGAUCUGGGAACAACCCUGGUUAAAUAAGAAGGAAAUCGAUGUUAAAUGUGAGAAAAAAAUCCAGGAACCUGAUAGCAAACCUCCGAUCGUUGGUGGUAAAGUAGAACAGGACAUAAACGACCCUAUUUACGAACAGCUAGCUAAAGAGUCCUUCAACGUAUACAAUGAAAAGAUCGGUUCAACCGUGGUCGGUACAGAAUUAAUAGUAGUCACACGCGUAACUAAGCAAGUUGUGUCUGGGACAAGCACUGAAAUUGAUUUUGAAGUGCAGCCCGCAUCCUCCGACAGCAUAUUAUUAUGUAAUUCCAAAAUCUGGGAACAACCCUGGUUAAAUAAGAGGGAAAUCGAUGUUAAAUGUGAGAAAAAAAUCCAGGAACCUGAUAGCAAACCUCCGAUCGUUGGUGGUAAAGUAGAACAGGACAUAAACGACCCUAUUUACGAACAGCUAGCUAAAGAGUCCUUCAACGUAUACAAUGAAAAGAUCGGUUCAACCGUGGUCGGUACAGAAUUAAUAGUAGUCACACGCGUAACUAAACAAGUUGUGUCUGGGACAAGCACUGAAAUUGAUUUUGAAGUGCAGUCCGCAUCCUCCGACAGCAUAUUAUUAUGUAAUUCCAAAAUCUGGGAACAACCCUGGUUAAAUAAGAAGGAAAUCGAUGUUAAAUGUGAGAAAAAAAACCAGGAACCUGACAGCAAACCUCCGAUCGUUGGUGGUAAAGUAGAACAGGACAUAAACGACCCUAUUUACGAACAGCUAGCUAAAGAGUCCUUCAACGUAUACAAUGAAAAGAUCGGUUCAACCGUGGUCGGUACAGAAUUAAUAGUAGUCACACGCGUAACUAAGCAAGUUGUGUCUGGGACAAGCACUGAAAUUGAUUUUGAAGUGCAGCCCGCAUCCUCCGACAGCAUAUUAUUAUGUAAUUCCAAAAUCUGGGAACAACCCUGGUUAAAUAAGAGGGAAAUCGAUGUUAAAUGUGAGAAAAAAAUCCAGGAACCUGAUAGCAAACCUCCGAUCGUUGGUGGUAAAGUAGAACAGGACAUAAACGACCCUAUUUACGAACAGCUAGCUAAAGAGUCCUUCAACGUAUACAAUGAAAAGAUCGGUUCAACCGUGGUCGGUACAGAAUUAAUAGUAGUCACACGCGUAACUAAGCAAGUUGUGUCUGGGACAAGCACUGAAAUGGAUUUUGAAGUGCAGCCCGCAUCCUCCGACAGCAUAUUAUUAUGUAAUUCCAAAAUCUGGGAACAACCCUGGUUAAAUAAGAAGGAAAUCGAUGUUAAAUGUGAGAAAAAAAACCAGGAACCUGAUAGCAAACCUCCGAUCGUUGGUGGUAAAGUAGAACAGGACAUAAACGACCCUAUUUACGAACAGCUAGCUAAAGAGUCCUUCAACGUAUACAAUGAAAAGAUCGGUUCAACCGUGGUCGGUACAGAAUUAAUAGUAGUCACACGCGUAACUAAGCAAGUUGUGUCUGGGACAAGCACUGAAAUUGAUUUUGAAGUGCAGCCCGCAUCCUCCGACAGCAUAUUAUUAUGUAAUUCCAAAAUCUGGGAACAGCCCUGGUUAAAUAAGAAGGAAAUCGAUGUUAAAUGUGAGAAAAAAAACCAGGAACCUGAUAGCAAACCUCCGAUCGUUGGUGGUAAAGUAGAACAGGACAUAAACGACCCUAUUUACGAACAGCUAGCUAAAGAGUCCUUCAACGUAUACAAUGAAAAGAUCGGUUCAACCGUGGUCGGUACAGAAUUAAUAGUAGUCACACGCGUAACUAAGCAAGUUGUGUCUGGGACAAGCACAGAAAUUGAUUUUGAAGUGCAGCCCGCAUCCUCCGACAGCAUAUUAUUAUGUAAUUCCAAAAUCUGGGAACAACCCUGGUUAAAUAAGAAGGAAAUCGAUGUUAAAUGUGAGAAAAAAAACCAGGAACCUGAUAGCAAACCUCCGAUCGUUGGUGGUAAAGUAGAACAGGACAUAAACGACCCUAUUUACGAACAGCUAGCUAAAGAGUCCUUCAACGUAUACAAUGAAAAGAUCGGUUCAACCGUGGUCGGUACAGAAUUAAUAGUAGUCACACGCGUAACUAAGCAAGUUGUGUCUGGGACAAGCACUGAAAUGGAUUUUGAAGUGCAGCCCGCAUCCUCCGACAGCAUAUUAUUAUGUAAUUCCAAAAUCUGGGAACAACCCUGGUUAAAUAAGAAGGAAAUCGAUGUUAAAUGUGAGAAAAAAAACCAGGAACCUGAUAGCAAACCUCCGAUCGUUGGUGGUAAAGUAGAACAGGACAUAAACGACCCUAUUUACGAACAGCUAGCUAAAGAGUCCUUCAACGUAUACAAUGAAAAGAUCGGUUCAACCGUGGUCGGUACAGAAUUAAUAGUAGUCACACGCGUAACUAAGCAAGUUGUGUCUGGGACAAGCACAGAAAUUGAUUUUGAAGUGCAGCCCGCAUCCUCCGACAGCAUAUUAUUAUGUAAUUCCAAAAUCUGGGAACAACCCUGGUUAAAUAGAAAGGAAAUCGAUGUUAACUGCUACUGCAUGGGCUAAUUUUCAUCUGAAAAUAACAGAAUAAUUGUAUUCAAUGUAUUUAUGUAUAUUUAAUGUGCGAAUUAUUUUAUAUUCGUAAUAAAGAUAUAUAAUUUUCAUAUUUUUUAAAUAAACUUAUUUUUUU